AUGAGCCUGCUGUUGCUUCUACUGAGUUUUAUCGUGUUCGCUUUACUGCUUGUCGUCUGGAAGAGCCGCUUUCAGAGCAGCGUUGGUGAAAUGUCAUCCAAUUCGACCUCUCUUGCACUAGUAAGAGCAACCUCUUCUACUGGGUCAACUAAGAGCAAUACUGAUAAGAAUCUUUCAGUCGACAGCAUCUCUCGUGGUAUCUUAAUUAAUUCCCCACACACGAUAGCCAUGCAGAAGCGAAUAUUGAUAAACCUCAGGAUCGUGGAAUACAAGCUGGCUGAAUUGGAACAUAUCCUAAUUAUCAAGGGUUUAAAUGGUACAUUAGCUAACUGUAAAUCCACUGACAGGCUUAGAGAAUGUAAUGAGAGUGAAGGCAAUCAUUAA